AUGUCAAUUCUUGCGAAAAUUGCGGAAAUUGAGGCCGAAAUGGCUCGCACACAAAAGAACAAAGCAACCAUGGGACAUCUGGGUGUGUUAAAAGCACGUAUUGCGAAACUGCGACGAGAGCUAAUCACUCCCAAAGGUGGGGGCGGUGGAUCCGGUGAAGGCUUCGAUGUUGCGAAGACGGGUGAUGCUCGAGUUGGAUUCGUUGGUUAG